GCACUCUCUGAAUAACACUUGUGUUACGUUUGGUAGUGUACGUUAUGUAAUAAUAUAAUUCCUUGCAUAUUUAUAAUUAUUAAUAAUAAUUCCCACUACUAUUGUCUGUAUUCAAUCAAUAGUAAUAAUAUACGGAUUAUUUCAAGUUUAUUCGGGUUCCGUUCUUGUGGUAAAAUCUAGGUUCGCUUAACUUUAAAUAACAUCGCAUUCUUACUAUUUAUUCUAUUUAAUGUCUUUUUAAAAGAAAAAAAAAUUAGUGCAAUCCUUUUAAAUAUUUGUUUCUGAAAUACUCGUCAUUCUGCUCAUUGUAAAAUACUCAUUAUCGUACCAUUAAACAAAUUUAGUGGAUAUCAAACUUCGAUUUCUCUUAUCUACUACUAGCAUCCGAAAUAAACGAUUAUACAUAAGGGUAACACCUACCCUAGGAAGACGAAAGAAACAAAAUAAAAUAAGAAAAACAAGACAAACGUCAUUUUUUGAAUAAAAAAAACGUAAAGAAUAAUCAACAGAACACCAACUAAUUUAAGUGUACAGGCUAAGUUCAUUAUAUAAAUAUAUACAUACGUACGUAUAGGCGAGUUUUUCAACCGAUCAAAAAUUCCCACGUUUAAUUUGAAUCUGACUAAAAACGACAAAGCAAUCAUGAUGUCGAACGGCUUGGACUCCGGCGUGGGACAGCAGAACGGCAGCAGCGCCAACAGCGUCGGGGGCGGUCAGGAAGAGUCCAAGACUAAUCUAAUCGUCAACUACUUACCUCAGACCAUGACCCAGGAGGAGAUCCGGUCGCUCUUCUCCAGCAUCGGCGAAGUCGAGAGCUGCAAGCUCAUCAGGGACAAAGUCACAGCAAGCUGGCAAAACUCACCAGAUAUGACGGAUUCAGAAGUUCCCGGGGUUAUGACUAGUCCAUUGCUUACAGGGCAAUCCUUGGGCUAUGGAUUCGUGAAUUAUCACCGACCGGAAGAUGCCGAGAAAGCCAUCAACACACUGAACGGACUGAGGCUGCAAAAUAAAACGAUAAAGGUUUCCUUCGCCAGGCCGAGCUCGGAGGCGAUCAAAGGCGCGAAUUUGUACGUAUCAGGAUUGCCGAAGAAUAUGACGCAGCAGGAUUUAGAGACGCUGUUCAGCCCGUUCGGUAGGAUAAUAACGUCGCGUAUCCUGUGCGAUAAUAUCACCGUACGUCAAUUUGUCUCGGGGGCCGGAGAAAAUUUGCCUGGCCUGUCGAAGGGAGUCGGCUUCAUCCGGUUCGACCAACGCCUCGAGGCCGAGAGGGCCAUACAGGAGCUGAACGGCACCGUGCCCAAGGGCUCCUCCGAACCCAUAACCGUCAAAUUCGCGAACAAUCCCAGCAAUAAUAACAAGUCGAUUCCACCGCUGGCAGCUUACCUCACGCCGCAGGCGACGCGCCGAUUCGCCGGCCCGAUUCAUCACCCCACAGGCCGAUUCAGGUAUUCUCCGCUGGCUGGAGACCUGCUGGCCAAUUCGAUGCUGCCGGGCAACGCGAUGAACGGCUCCGGCUGGUGCAUAUUCGUGUACAACCUGGCGCCCGAGACCGAGGAGAACGUUCUGUGGCAGCUGUUCGGUCCGUUCGGUGCUGUGCAAAGUGUUAAGGUGAUCCGCGACCUUCAGACCAACAAAUGCAAAGGUUUUGGUUUCGUGACGAUGACCAACUACGACGAGGCCGUCGUCGCCAUCCAGUCGCUAAACGGGUACACGCUUGGCAACCGCGUGCUGCAGGUCAGCUUUAAAACGAACAAGAGCAAAACCACCUAGAGCGAAGCGAAACCGUAAGACACCGGUCCCGGGCCGCGUCCGGUGCACGCCGUUUUGUAGCCUCUUUCCUUCUAUUUAUUUAUUUAUUUCUAUUCUAUUCUAUUUAUUGUUCGCGGUCUCUACGGAUUCUUCGAUAGGCAAAUUGUAUAAUGAGAAAGAAGGGUUGGCGAACGGCGUGCAAUGGACUCGGAGGUGGCCCUGCCAGCCAGAAGCGCACCUCCCUCUCUAAUUUUAUAUAUUAAAUACUACGAUAGUACUUAAAAAUACGAAGCUAGUCAGAAGUGCAUUCGCGUUUCCUAUAGCAAACAUUUAUAUAGUCUGAUGUUUUUUGUAUUAGUCAUUUGUAAUAAUUGUGCCAUCGCGAUUUGCCGUUUUGUUUUUUGCAUUUUUUUUUCUUCUUUUUCUUUUCGAAUCUGAUUUUAUAUGGACGUUUUCCUGGAAUAAUAAGUUUGUUGGAUUUUUUUGAACGAUUGACUGAGAAAUAUCGCAAAAGUAUCUCGAACGGAUGGGAAGAUAAAGGAAAAGAAAAUGCCGAAAAGAAAACGGGUGAAAAGGCGUUUUCUAUAUAUUAUUAUUUUUUGAUAGAAAUAUGAACCAAAGAUUCAUAAUUCUAUUGAUGUUUAUCAGAUAAUAUUUAUAUUAUGUCGUAAAGUUAAGUUCAUUUCAUGUAUUUAUAAGUAGAAAAUUUAUGUAUUUGUACGUAGAAUUAUUGUGUAUUUGUUUUAAAUUCAGACUAGUCUUCACAACGGCAAAUUGCAUAGAAACUGCAUAGAAACUAUUAUGUGCUGAUGAUGUACGUGUCGUUGUGUUUCUCAUUAAUUUGCGUUGUUUAGGAAUCGAAGGCGGCAAGGGCGCCAUCCUAUACUGUCUUGUGAUAGUGUUAUUUUACUAAGUAGAUGAUUGCUAAGCAGACUGAUCGUGACUAACGAUUACGCAAAAUGGUGAUCGCCCUCGCUGCUCGAUAUUCCAGAAUUAUCUCUCAUUUUGUGUGUUGUGUUUAGUUUUUUAGUUUCAUUUUCUUUUCUCGAAUUUUGUGGGCUUUUCUUUCAUUUUGAGUGGUUUUGCUUGAAACGCCUUCACUUUUACAAUGCCUGGCGAGACCACAACUAUAAUUUAUUUAUUUAUUUCAUUCGUAUAGAGUUUUAAUUUUCUUUUUCCUUUUUUUUAGUUUUUAGUUUUUUUUUUAUUUUGGAAUUCUAUUUUUAUUUAUUUCUCAGAGUCUAACAGCUCCUAUCCAGAAUUAUCUUUCAGUUGUUACCUAAUUUAUGAUUUUUUCGUUUGUUAUAAUUUAUAAAACUAUUUAUUUUAAUUUAAUGUUUAAUACAAAUUAAAAUUUAUUUAUGAUUUUACUCUUAUUUACAAUUUUUUCUUUUCCUUUUACUUGCUGUGGUGUCUUGCAGUGUUUGCGAACGUUUACUCUUUCGAGUUUUUGCACAAAAAGCGGCAUGAGAAUUUUAAAUUUAAAAAUCUCGAAUAUUUUUCGACGUAACCCAAAAGAACUUUUUCUCUCUAACUAAUCAAAAGCAUUUUCCCCACUUUAUUUUUAUAUUAUAUUACUCGUUCUUGACGAUUGGAUUGAUAUGAUUGAAUAUUUUGGAAGCUAAAAAUUCCUAUAUCUCGGAGGCAGACUGACUACUUAAAAUUAUAUCAUCGGGAAUAUGAAUUUUAUUUGUCAUUGUCUGAGGAUAUUUCUAGUCCUAUACCGCGUCUUGAUAAAAAAAUAUAUACGUAUGUAUAUAUUGGCCACGUGGUAAUGGGAAUUUGGAAAUUGGCGAAUGACUUUUACAAACAGUGGCCAAAAUGGAAAUAGUGUAUAUUAACGAUAAUCGUUUCGAAUUCCAAUUAAUUCGUGGCAUUUAUAUAUGUAUCUAGUAUCUUGUUAAUGGAAGGAUUUAAAUUAACAAAAAAAAAGUAUAAGAAACAAGCGUACCUAACGCACACCCGCCACACACAGUGCAGAUUGUGAAUUGUACAUAAAAUUAAAAAUUGUAAGAAAUAGGAAAAUAAAUACAAUUUUUUAGGGAAAUUUUGAUAGCUCUAAAGGUGGCGGUGCUAUUCUACGUUUUAAUAAGAUUAUGACAUAAGCAACAGCACUUUCACCUUCAAUUUUUACCCGUCAACCAAAUAUACAAUAGAAUUAAACAUUCUACUAAGUAGAACGUUCGUUGCCCUCUCAAAUUGUAAUAUAAACCUUUAAAAAUAGUAGUACAUAUACACAUUACGUGCGUGUUUAUCGAAACAAUGAUGUCCAUAUAAAUUAUAGUAAAGGCGUUUAUCAUUAAACUAAAUUUCGUAUUUGUAUAUACGCAAAUAUCCCACUAGUGGAUGAUAAUCUUGUAAUACGUUUAUGUUCUUUUUGAGUACCUGAAUAUUUGUUCCAACAUGCGAUAUGCUAUUGGAUUUCGCGCACAAAACUCAUUUUUUAAAUAUGAUAUAAUAUAACUUCACUUUUGAGAUUAUAAAUAUACCUAAGUAGAUUUAAACCGUCCGAUAAAAUAUUAACUUGCAAUUGAAAACGAAUAUGUUGGAACAAAAGUACACGACUUCAAUUGAAUGAACGAUUGGGGAUUAUACUCUCGUACACUCAAAAAGAAAUACAUAUGAACCAACGUUGCCUGAUUUAUUUGAAAAUAACAAAAAAAAACAAAUGGUUAUUUAGAAUUACGCAAUAAUAUACGGGUUACUGUUGAGAUUAUAAGAAAUAUCAACAGAUUCAUACACACACAUCCAAAUUAAGCACGUUUAAUGUAUAUACAAGGCGUUCGGGGGGCUAAUUUCGAAAUUACACGAAUCCACAUUAACGCGAAUUGACAUCGCGAACGCCCGGUAUAAUUUUCAAUUUUUUAUACAUUUAACAAGAAAUUUUUGGGAUUUCUGAUGUAUUUGUAUGAACCUAAACGAGUCUUCCUCGUUUUCAGUUCAGGUUUAGAUUAUAAAAAAAAUAUGGUAUAUACGUAUAAACUGUUGACAUUUUAUAUGCAUUCCGGAAUCUUUAAAAGAACCAGGAAUUGUUCCUAGUGUGAUAAAAUAAUUAUCUACGAAACUUUAUGACUAUGUAUGUAAUUGCAUUGUUUAAUUCUAUUGUGUCAUCAUUUUAAAUGUUAUCAAAAUCGAGCAGUAGGUAUCUCCGCGUGUGAUUCUCUGUAAGAAAAAGCUGUGAUCUUAAAUUAAUUUGAAGGUAAAAAUGUUCUAUGUAGGUUAGAUUUACGAAGAAAGCGAGAAGUGUGUACUCGAAUACAGCUAAUCGGACAUAUCGAGAGAGCUAAAUGAUAAUUUAUUAUAUUACUGAUUCGCCUGAAUCGAGCUUUACAAACUUUAAAGCUCGCGCGUCUCGGGCUCUCUUAUGGAGGGAAUACAAAUCACCUUUUAUACACCUCAUUUUAACCCAACCGUAAAAAUGACAUAAUAUGCUUUAUUACUAAAAAUAAACAUUACCACCCUCGAUACAUCUACGUUUGCACGUUGAAUGUUCUCCAUAGAUUGGGUUAAAAUGUUUAAUAAUCGAAACGUGCCAUUUUUCAUUUAAACUAUUCAAUUGAAACGACACAAUUAUCGCACAAAUCGUUGAUAUUGCUUACAGUACAACAGAUAUAGCUAGGUACGCUUGAUACUCUCGCGUUGCUAACUAUACCUGCCGCUCUGUACAUUUCCGUGUAUCGUCUAAAAGCUCAAAAACGAUUCAAUGCAGACAUUCACAAAUCUGUUGAUAAAACAAAAUGGUAUGUUUCUAAUUAUGGUAAAAAAGCAAUUUAAAAUUAUCCUUGGACAAAUGUCGGUUUACAUAGCCUGCUAUGUAGCCGUCGAUGUCGUGCAAUGCGCAAUUGCGUACGCCGUACGGGUCAAUAAUGUACAAUCUUAACAUUUUUUAUGUGAGUAAUAGUAUUCUCAGCACAAAAAAGAUAACCUAGCGAUAUAGGUGAUGUUAUUGGUUAAUCAGGCCUAAAUUGAAACUUGUGUAGACUAAUACCAUUUACAGAACAACGAUAUUAUUCAAAUGAUAUAUAUAUUAUAUAACUGUCAAUACUUAUUUACCAGUCUUAGCUUCUAUUUAACUUAGCAUUUUUCUACUAUAUAUAUUAUAUAUAAUGCAUGUAUACUAUAUACAUACUACCUGAUUUCAAGAGCAUUCCUUAGGAAUUUCCACUCUUAAUUAUUACUUAACAUACUAACAUUAUUAGGUACUCUUUGUUUUUUACAUUACCAAAAGUACUUAGAUAUAAUUUAAAUCACAAUUAAUUUGGUGUUGUCAACAGACAAGCUCUUGAGUAAAAGCACAUUUAGCGUAAAUGUUGAUCUUUUAAUUUGAAUUUUGGCAACUAAUUAAUAAGAUUUUACGAAGAAUUAUUUUGAAAAAGGACACCGAAAUAAAUUACCAAGGUGUCCUAAUAGAAAAAAUGAUGGUCCAAAUGCGUGUAAUUAUUGGAUGUACGUAUUUAAAAGUAUAUAACAUAAUCGACUUACCUAAUCAUGAAAAGAUCUCGUCUUUCCAGGAUACAAUCACAAUUUUUAUAAAAGUACUAUGUAUUUAUAAAUUUAGUAAAUUGUUUAUUUCAAUUCCCAAGAAAUGCGAAAUUUGCAAAUCACGUGCAUAGUUUUAUUCCAAUUGUUCGUUCACCAUAUCGAUUUCUAAAGAAAGAAAAAAAAAUUAACUAGAUAUAAGUCGAAAUAAGUAAGUUCCUUAAAAGAUGAGUAUAAGGAAAAGCUGUAACGGUUUUAAAAAUGUUAUUUUACGAAACUCGUCACUAAAAAUUUUUUAAAGUUCAAACAAAAUUAUUUAUUAUUACCUAUUAGUUCCGACACUUAUUGAGUACCUGCCAUGAAUAUACAUCAACUGUAAAAAUAUGUAAAAUUUCUUAACGUAGGGCUAAAAUUAAUGGAUUAAUAUAUAGAUUUGCGUUUUGAAAAUCCUUGCGAACAGAUGCAUUAAUAGCGUAUCGAAGACUGAAGUAGAAAAAAAAUUAUACAAAAUAAUAAAUAGUAGUGACGAAUAUCUGAAUGGUGCAAUAUAUAAAAAUAAUUUCAACUGUUCCAAGGGUUAUGGUGCUAUGUAGUUAUCUAGAAUGGAUGUUAAGUCUUCCGAACACUCACAAGUUGUUGAGCUUCUGAGAGUUACAUUGUCGACAACAAACACACCGUGUACUUAAUAAAUGUACUAUUUCGUUGUUUGAUGUAUAUAAUUAAAAAAAAUUAAAUUAAAAAAGAAAAAAGUAAAUAAAACGCGGUAAAAAAAAUUGAAGAAUCGAAAAGUCUACAAUCUUAGAUAUCUUUUUGAUUGUACUUUAAAAAAUAUUGCAGAGGGACUUUGAUAUUGUACACACGUUAUAUCGCGCAAAAAAUUUACAGCUUUUCUUUCAAUAAGUUUAAUUAAAGUGAAAUAACAUAAAAGUGAGAAAACGAGUUUUCAAUUUUAGGAAAUAAUUGCGUACUUUUAGGUAUACACAUUGUUAAAACAAUCCGACGAAAGAUUAUAAAAAUAAUAUAAUAUACGAUUUCGUUUAAUUUCCAUAUUUUCAAUUUAAAAUCUACAAAAAGAGUUCCUAAAAAAAUCCUACCUGAAAUUCUAGGUAGGUCAUAAAUUUACAACAAAUCACAAAACAUUAUAUUAUUUAACUAGUUAUUCAACUUAUGAGAUAUCACGAUAAGAUUUUAAUAUUAAUUAGAUGUUGAUAGAAUUAUCAACCAAUGAAUUUAACCCAAAAAUAAUACUCACACAUGUUUAUACAGGGUGAAUCAAUAAUAAAGUGGCACUUGAACUAUUUAAAAGUUUAACGUGAUAUCCUGUAGAGUUCCGACAAAUUAAAAACAUUUUAACAAUUAAUGCACAAGAGUCAUUUGUCGACAUUUCUCACUGCGUUUUGAGACAUUAUUUUGUUUCGGAUGAUACAUGAUGAAAAAAACCAUUUAGAAAUGUGUGAAUGUAUUUGAAAAUUUUUGUAAAUAAGACUUUCAACGGUUAAUUACGAUUAAAAUUCGAAUAGAAACGAGUGAAGGAAAUUUGUAAAUAGAGAUCUACACGAACCAGGGAAUAUAUGUUUUACCUGGAUAUACGCAAUUUUUUAUUCAAUAAAAACUCAAGAUUUUUAUCAAAUAGGUAUAUCAUACACACAACGGUGGGCAUUGGGGAAUAAACACUAUAUAUACAUACACAAUUUUUUUUCAUUGCGAAGUCAUUAAACAUACAAAGUGUAAUUAACUGGAAUAAAAGUCGCGUAGGAUCGAAAAAUUUCGAUUUUUCGUUUCCAUCCAGUUCCACAGUUAAAUUACACAUAGCGAAUCCUGUAAAUUGCAAUAUCGCAUAUAAGUAUGUGUCGUAUCCUACCUAAGUACAUAAGGAUUUACUCUUUGUGUGUUGUAGAUCUUCUAGAAUAAGUGUAACAUAAUACAUUACAUAUUCUCCAAUUGGUUAUUUUCUCUAAAUGUGUAGCUGUUAUAUCGAGAAAGGGUUCUAACAUAUUAUUAUUUUUUUGUAUGUUAGUAUUCGAAUCUCACGGUCGGGUCAGUGAAACUGACGAUUCGCCCCGAUUCAACGGAACGGGGCACAUAGCUCAAACUUUGUUGUGACGAGAUGCAUUCCAUUAUUUAAAAAAUAAAUGAAAAAAAAAGAAAAAGAAAGCCGAUUGAUAUAUUAUAUAUUAUAUACUCACGCCUAUUAUUAUAUUCUAUCUGUUUUGAUAAAAUUGUGGUUAUUAUUAUCUACAAAUAAAAAUCGAGUGCAAAAGUUAUUAUGUACAGAGGUUAAAAGAAACUAUUGAGAAAAAGAAAAAAUGCAGUACCUCAUAACUGUAAUUCAUGCAAUAACUUAUUAUAAGAAAGUUUAAUUACAAUAUACUUUAGCUUUUAGUAGUUGAUAAGAAAAGCGAGGUAUGUAUGUAUGAUCUCUUUUGCCGUGUGACGGCCGGUAGACCCGUCGGGGCGGCUCUAAGGGUCGUCUUCCUCCUCGGACCUCUUCGACUAAAGCGUUUCGAAACGUGUGUUCAAAAGCACUAAUCCAAUCUCGAAUAAUUUACCUCAAUAUUUAACACAUACUGCCACAUUAGGAUCUCAUUCGACUCGCCCUAAAUUCUUUUAAAUGGUACUCGGUUUCUGUUAGGAUUUCGUACCUCUAUAGAAGAGCGCCGCAAUUCCGGUAGUUGUGGAGCUCUUCUUCGUCUUUUAGGGUUGUGGAAUUUAUAUUUGGUUUAAAUUUAACCACACGUGCGGAGUGAAUUAACCGCGAAGAGUUUUUUCCUCACGACUCGAAAACAAUCAAGUUGAAUAGUUCAUUUGUACUAGAUUUAUUAGGGAAAUAUAUUAAAAUUUUUCUGUUUCGAGAGUUGUGAUGGAAAAAAAUCUGGUUUAGUUAACUCACCCUGAUUUCAACGUUUAACGAAGGUACCAUAAUUGCUGGCUAAGUUCGUUUAAAAACAAUUAAUUGUCCCAAUUUGAGUGAACGUUAAUUAAAUUGAUUAAUUGAAAAGAUGUCUCAUUUCGAAAUGAUAUAGAAGAAAAAUAAUAAUAAAUACGUUGCAGAAAUAUCUGAAGUGAUUAACUAUAAGCAAUCAAACUCAUCAUAAAUUUGCCUUAUAUCGAAAACACCACAAAACAAUAAUAGUGAGAUUCUUUAACGAAACCUUUGAAAGAUUUUGCAUUCACCUCGUGUCGUUCAAACGAAAACCUUUCGUAAUAGCUGAUUAAAUGUACGCAAUAAAUUCGUCGUCUUUCCACAAACUAUGUAUAUAAGUAUAUACAUAUGUGCUUGAUAAUUUCAGGUUACUUUCGUUUUUGGAUCAGCUUCGAAACUCACGGUUUCUCGGGAUCAAUUAAAUGACAAAGUAGUAAUUUGGACCUUAAACCUGAAAUUGUCAUAUUCCUCAUGGAUUAAUCGGUGUUUUUAACUAUGGUUUCAUGAAAUUUUGGUGUCGUAAAUAUUAUAGUUAAUAAAACCAGUGGCCUUUUCAGGUUUCAUAUAUAGAAUAUAUACAUAUAUUAUAUAUAAAGUGUAUGUAAUAUUGGUGUUAGAUGUUUUAGAUACGGUCGUAACGGUUGAUUAAGUAAUAUUAAAAACAAAAAAAUCGAGAGAUUGGAUUCGUGCUGCAAUAUAUAGGAAAAAAAAACCGAAGCGUCGAAUAUUUAUAUAUACAUAUAUUAUAUAUGAAAAAAUAGCUUAUAUUACACGAGGAGGAGUCAGAUGACAUAUCAAUCGAAAACAUCGAGUUCAAGACCUAGCCAGGCGUCUUGACCGGUGGACCACAUAACCCCGCUGUAAGUCGUUGAAACCAUUCCCGAAACCUUUAUGCGAUAAAUAAGCAUCCGCUCCGGACUCCAUCCCAUACAUACGCCUUUAGAUAUACAUUAUAUGUACGUAAAAUUUACACAGACCGAAUAAUUGAGUUGAAUUUAUUUUACUUAAAAACCCGCUUGAUUAGCAAAACGUCGAACGUACGAUUCGAUUCGAGUAUUUUUGAUAUAAUCCCUAAAGAAAAAUCUAGCGAAAUAGCUAAAGGGAUGUAAAGGAUGAGGGCGAGGAGCGCAGGUUUCGGCGUGGAAUAGACGACUAUACGUAAAAUACAUAGAAGGAACUGGACUGAUUCACUCAUUUCCGAUACUAUAUUAUGAAUACUUAAUAAAAUAAUAUGUAAUAUGGUGAUAAAUAAGAAGCGACACGUUCUAACCGUACAGCUUUGUAACUUCCGUUCGGUUAACUGAACCAUUUUUAACGGGACGAAAGCGACAACUUUAUAUCGAGUUUUAACUCUUUAAUUCUAUUAAGUUCUUCUAUAAAUAAGAAAUACGAAGGUAUGCGUGCAGUCGAUGCACCUCGCGAAUGGUGCAACUGCAUACUUACAUCGCGCUUAUGUUAGUUUAUAUAUAUUUAAUCUUUAAUCUGUUAUUUGUAUUUUCUUGCUUAUUGUCCAGUGUCACUUGCGCAUUUGUGUGUUUAUUGUCAUUUGAUGGUUAUUUGUAUCUUAAUAUUAUAUCUAUUAAUUAUAUAAUUGUAUAAGUACCUAUUGGAAUUAGUAUUAGUUGAAUCAUUUAGAUUUGUGUAGUGUACGGGACCGCGAUCGCAUACCACAACAAUUGGUAUAUUAUUACCACAACAAAUAAAAAUUAAAUAUAUUGUAUGGGAGACACCAUCUGAAGGGAUGUGGAUUUGUUUAGAGUUCGGUUCAGAUUCGUGUAAAAGGGUUUUUUAACGUGAAAAAGGGCUGUGUUAAGCUGGGAAACAGGUCGGAUACGGAUAGUACUUAGAAUCAAACUGAGUUAUUUAAGUACACUUGACACUAGCAAAUACUAAAAUGGAAGCGGCUGCAAUAACUUUCUAUUGCAAGUGGUCAACUGCAUUAUUUCUACACAUAAAGCAAUUGUGUAUUUCAGGCUAGAAGUCGGUGUUAUGCAAUAUUUGUACUUUUCCAUGUUGACAAAAUUCAGUACAAUAAAAAAAAUAA